GCUCUCGAAGGAUCCCUUGAAUAACUGAGAGGUGACAGGAACGCCAGGUCUCGCAAUGAAAGCAUGGGAAAUAAUUCUAAGUUGAAUCUGACGUUAAGAGCACACAGAUAACACCCACUGGGCACUGCUUGGCUGAAGCUUGCGGUGGGCUAGGAUCCGAGGGAACCCAGCUGAGGCCAGCGGCUGCAGCAGUGCAAGGCGGGGCUGCCCCUGCACCUGUGCAUCCCAGCUUCGGCUGGUCCCCUCACCCCGACAGAAGCAGCCGAGCCACAUCCCACGGAGAGGCCACGGCCACGGUGGAGUGGCCCAUGGGAGCCUGAGCCAGAAUAAAGACACCUUGGACCAACCUUAAUCCCUUCAAAUCUGGUCCCGUGGAGCCACCUGAAAGUGACAGCCAUAAAAGCCCCAGCCCGCUGCUGAGAGGAGUUGCCUGGACAGAGCAUCUCUGAGGCCCGAGGUGCUGGGACAGCACACAUUGAAUUCUUGUUACCAGAAUGGGGAAACAGAACAGCAAGCUGCGCCCUGAAGUCAUGCAGGACUUACUGGAAAGCACAGACUUCACAGAACAUGAGAUCCAGGAAUGGUACAAAGGUUUCUUGAGAGACUGCCCCAGUGGACAUUUAUCAAUGGAAGAGUUUAAGAAAAUAUAUGGGAACUUUUUCCCUUAUGGGGAUGCUUCCAAAUUUGCAGAGCAUGUCUUCCGCACCUUCGAUGCAAAUGGUGAUGGGACAAUAGACUUUAGAGAGUUCAUCAUAGCCCUGAGUGUGACAUCAAGGGGCAAGCUGGAGCAGAAGCUGAAGUGGGCCUUCAGCAUGUAUGACCUGGAUGGUAAUGGCUACAUCAGCAAGGCAGAAAUGCUGGAGAUUGUACAGGCGAUCUACAAAAUGGUUUCCUCUGUCAUGAAAAUGCCUGAAGAUGAAUCAACCCCAGAGAAAAGGACAGAAAAGAUCUUCCGCCAGAUGGAUACCAAUAGAGAUGGAAAACUCUCCCUGGAAGAAUUCAUCCGAGGGGCCAAAAGCGACCCAUCCAUUGUGCGUCUCCUGCAGUGUGACCCUAGCAGUGCCGGCCAGUUCUGAGCCCUGCACCCCCAGGACGCUACAGCUGCUUGUGUCCCUCCUGAUUAGCUUUUAAACUUACUUCGUUUUUUGUUUUUGCCAAACAAUAUUGAUGGUGACACUGUGCCCUCCUGUGACACUUUUGCCCCUUGCUUCUUUCAUGGUGGAUGUGAAUGCCCAGAGCCCAUGUGCUUGUGGAGAGCAUGCACAGACUUCGUGAUGUUCCCCGGUGGAUGACUUUUUUAAAUCAUCUUUUUUUUUUCCUUAGAUUUUAAUGUCUCUAUCUUAAAACCCAAGCCCUGAGGGGCAAGACAAGGGAAGUACAUUCAGCCCGGGGGUUCUUCUGCAAGCUUCGAGGGGCUUUGAAAUACAAAACUCCUACCCUGGGUCUGUUGUCACACAUGCCCUGGGAGCUAGAGCAGACACCUGAGGCUAAGAUUUUUAAGAACAGGUUACCCUCUGGGGAGAGGCUAUUAAAGGCAGCUGGGACAUUUCCCCCCAGACGCCACUCCCUCCCACCCCAGCAGGCUGUAAUUUCUAAGCUGUGAACUUUUCAAGGUAAAUUAACAGAGAUGGGAAAAGAUGGCUCAGCUGUUUGUUUUGUUUUGUUUUGUUUUCUCCCACAGGUUUACAUAGUUGAGCUAAUACAAGUUUCUUUUUUUAAAAAAAAAUCAAACACAUAUUCAAAUGCCAGACCCAUCUUGCUGCCUACUGGUGAUUUAUAAAAGACUGCUGUAUAUAAAACAUUGGAUAUUGCAGACCAAAUUAAGUGUUUUGCCUUGUAAAAUGCAUGUUUAGUGAGCGCUAAUACAAUCUUACUACAGAAGACUGUUUUAGUAGCUUAUUGUGAAGCCAACUACAAUGAAUGUCGAUGUCUUGUUUUAAAGUCAUAGCUGUCUUUGCACAAAUGUACCAGUUAGCAAGUAUAUUUUAUAUACUCCAUAAAAUCACAGAAGAAUGGUGACAGGGACCCAGCUUUGAUUUCAAAUGGCUUCCUAGAGUCAAGGUAGCUGGAGGACACGAGGAAGCCAUUUGUCCAGGCAUCCUGUCCACCAGAGCAGCACGGUGAGGUCCACAGGGACAAGGGACCAAGGCCCAGCAGCGUACCAGCAGAGAGCGCAGGUGCAACGCUUGUCUCAGCAGAUGAAUGUCCUACAGAUGCAGAAAAACAGAGACUUCUAGCAGUUUAACCCACAUCCUUGGUGGGGGAGCCACAUCUAGAAUGUUCAUUUCUCCUGCCCCCAGGUACCCUAGUCAGGUGUGGGCUAGCCAGGCGAUUCACCCAUUAUAAGAGCCAGCAAAGGGACCUGCAGUGUCCAAGGCCAACCAUGGGGGUCCCAAGAGCACUCUUCCUCACUGUGUUCUUUGAAUGCAGCAAAGUUGAGCUGCUGCCUCGGCUGGUCACCUCAUGCACACUUCUUUGAAAUUAGGGCUGGAAAUAAAAACUCCUGGCCACAGGCAAGACAAGGCCUCACAAACAGCUUACAUCAGAAGAUCUAAAUACUCAAGAAUGUUGGUGGCAGACCCUAAGAGGAGGUGCCUAAGAGGAGGCAGGAAGGUCUCUGUCUGGCAGGGGCCAAGCCAUGUCCUGUAAAACAAGAACCACAAAAAGAUAAACACAACCUGAAGGAAAGUUUCCUGCCAGCCCGCAGGUCCCCCACAGUGACACUCUUAACUGGCAGAAGUUUAAACUUGAAUGGUGAAUUAAAAUGAAUCACUUAGUAGGUUGAAAUUUAGAGACCUAGAUUUUGUAAUCUUAAUCUUUCCUAGUGUCGUUUCCUUACAUUUUGUACCAAGGUUUGCCAACUCCUGUGGACCAAAUGGUAAAGUCUGUUUUUGUAAAGAAGAAUUAACUCAAGUGGUUGAGCAUAAACAGGUGAAGGGAGCCAACAUGCUGGUUUGUGAGGUAGGCUCAUCUACUUGGGCUCUGCCUCGGGUUGGGCCAAACCCUGUGUUUCCUAGAACUUAGAACUACAGGGGUGGGAACUAGAGGUGCUCUCCAGCUAUUAGGAAAUGAAAGAGCCAGAUGCAAAAGUUAUGAACCCUGUGGUCCCCAGAAGGCAUGAAGAGUUCCAGAACUGGUUACACCACAGACCUAACAGACAUCUCUGUAUGUCCUCCUCCUUGCGCCCUGGCCCCAGGAAGGCAUUGGAUCUGUGGAAUUUUCAUGCAUGCAUGUUGGACCAAGGGACUGCACAGCAUCAAGAGGGCCGAGUGCCUGAAGUCAACUGUCACUCCUGUGGCUAGGCAUUGUUUUGCUGUGUUCAGAGAUCUCUGUGGAGGAAAUGGGGCCUGUUUUGUUCCAAGUAAAGGCAGCUUGUGCUGUCCAUGGAACUGGAGUAAAUGACUUAUGAGUUGGAGGAUGUUUCAGAAUGCUGGACUGUUCAUACCUCGCUUAGGAUGGAGGAGGGGAUGCUGUGGGUACCAUCCCACCCCAGCAGUACUCCCUGGGGACUUUCUACAGAUGAAUUUAAUAAUAUAUAUGUCAUACUAUGUGGAAUGGUCCCGUUAUCAGUUGAUUGUGUAGCUCUUGCCUGGCAUUAAAGCAUGUUUAUUAUUUAAUAUCAUUGUCUGGAACAUGAGCUUUUCCUUAAUAAACUGCCCCUAGCA